AUGACCUUGUACGGCCGCGCCACCCGCUUCAUCGCGAUCAAGACGCUGCUGGUCGGCCGAUGCUUUGUUCGUGGCUACGCCUACGUCGCGCCGAGUUGUAUGCUCUCCAGAUUUUCCCAGCAGAGACACCGACAACUUCAAUCCGCAGGUCUCUCGAUACUACCGCUGAACCGCUGCAGCAGCGGCAGCAAGCGCGGCGGCACAUCGUUGACGGGAGUUAGGAAGCCGAGAGCGCCGAUGAUCGGGCCGGAGCUUCCACCGGCGCCGCCACCGCCCACGCUCUACGACGCUGACGGCAACGAGCUGAGCAAGCCGACGAAGAGAAAGGUUGCCAUAGUGGUGGGAUAUGUCGGGACCGCGUUCCACGGUUGGCAGCAAUCCACCGAUGCGCAGAACGUGCGAACCGUCGAGGGCGAGCUCGAAACCGCACUGUGGAAGGCGGGUGCCAUCGCCGACAGCAACUACGGCGACCUGAACAAGAUUGGUUGGGGGAGGACAAGCCGUACGGACAAGGGAGUGCACGCGUCCAAGACCGUGGCGGCGGCGAAGCUUCUCCUACCCCAGGAGACCUUCACAGCGGCGGGCAUGUCGCAGUACGGCAAGGACAAGCUCAACGAGAACCUCCCCGACGACAUCCGGUGCUUCAGCGUCUCCAAAGUGCCCAAGUCCUUCAGGGGGAGGGAGGAGUGCACGCUGAGGGAGUACACGUACUACCUGCCGAGGGAGCUCCUGCCUGACGACGGAUCCCUGGGCAAGUUCCGCGAGCUCCUCAAGCUCUUCGUGGGCACGCACAGCUUCCACAACUACGCCAGCACCAAGGGGCGGCAGCUGAAGGAGGUCCGCAAGAGGGUCAAGGCCUCGAUCGACCUCAAGAAGUCCGGCGGGAAGCCAGCGCAAGAAGCGGGUGGAACUGCUUCUACGUCAGCCCCUGGCUCGGAAGAAGAAGCCGCCACCGCCGGUGGCGGCGACGCCGGGGAAAGCGGCAGCAAGAAACGGCGGUGGGUGUCCAAGGACGAGUGGCGCACGUACCGCUACAAGAAGAAAUCGACCGCCGAUCAGAAGGCGGACGACGCCUGGUUCGGCAAGCAGUCGGCGGCCGGUGCCGCGCCCGAGGAGAGCGUGGGGGCGGCAGCGGCGGCGGAGCCGCCGGUAGUAGCGGUAGCUGGGGCUGAGCAGCAAGCAGGCGGCGACGAGGGGCCGGAGAGCGCUUCGCCGCGGAGUGUAGAAGGGGGCACGUCCGGGGAUGCCGUUGGCACUGCCGAUGCUGGCUCAGUGGCGGCGGUGGCUGCCGUGGUGACGCCGAAGGAUGUUGCGAGCGCUGGCAGGGCGGCGGGUGCCGAGGGGGUGGUAGUGAAGUCCGACGUAGGAGAGACAGAGGCGGGGGGGGACGCUGCCAGCGUCGUGUCGGCGCCGGGGGCUCAGGAGGCGGAAGGGGUGGGGGGUGAGGAUGAGGGACCGGAGAAGCAGAUUUUGCUCCGAGAGCUGAGAACAAGCAUCGGCGGGACGCUUGCCGUGUGGGGCGACAGCAAGGAGGGCAACGCGAUGAAGACCACCGGGCGGCUUCAGACCCUGCUCACACGGGAGCAGCUGAGGGAGGCGGAGCGAUGGAGCUACGAGCACAUCCUUCCCGCCGUGGCGGACGCGUGGGAGACAAGGGGCACUGCGAAACUGUUCCUCGAGGCCGUGGAGAAGUUCUUCGUGGGGCAGCAGCAGGAGGAGCCGUUGCUGAAGGCCAUCGCGGAGAACCUUUCGGAGAUCUCGGAGAGCGAGCGGCGGGCGGAGGAGAAGUACAACAAGUUCCGGGUGCUGGCCAAGGAGAGGGGUUCCACCAAGUACAAGGAUUUGCUUCCAAAGAGCAUCGCCACGGGAAUCAUCUGCAAGUUCCGGCUGCUCCCAGGAAACAAGGUCUCCGCCAUACAGCGAGGGGUGGUCGAGCGCAUGAACAAGGGAGAGCUACCGCCGCUGGCGGAGGUCGAAGAGAUCCUGGCGUUCAUAGAGAAGAUAGGAGUCGACCAGGUAGCCCUCGACGGGGGGUUCGUUGCUCCUGACGUCAAAGGCGGCGGCGGCGGCGGCGGUGCUGCGGCAAAGAGCGCUGCCACCCCCGCCGCAGCAGAGGUGGCUACUACUACGUGAUGAUGCGCCCCCGCGCGACGAGCGUAAGACAAGACAACUUUUUUGCAGCAUGCAGACGCGAGGAAGGCACUUUUGAGCUGGCGCCGCUGCUGUUAGGGUCGUGGUUCGAAUACAGGUCACUACGGGCUGUGCGCCGCCCCUGUCUGGACUAAGAAGUGCGGUUGGUUAGAAGUGCGGUUGGUUGCGGCUUUUGGCGCGGGCGUAGAAAGCAAGUCGUUGUUGCGGUGGUACGUGCGCCUCUCGAGGCGGGAGGGGACGGCGCUUUUCGCCCUUUGAACGAUGUUCCCUGUGUUUCGUUUUUUUGGUCGCGUACAGUACCUCCUCCUGCUGGUGUCGCAUCCGUGUGUGACCGACAUUUUCCGGAGGACAUUCUUGGCGUUAAAGAGUGUGGUGCGGUGCAAUCGCGUUGUUGCUGUUGUUGUGUAGGCGUUCAUGGAACAAGACAUCAUCUAGUCAGCAGUUGCCGAAAGCCGAUGACAGAGGGGGGCAAGGGUGAGCGGGGUGGUUGGGUUUGUAGUGUUGGGACGCCGUGCCAUGUAGUGCACCUUACUUCUCUUUCCACCCGCGUUUUGUCCCACCACCCCUUUUUUGCACCGUAGCGUGCCGUGACAAGAAACCGUUUUGGCGUUGCUGGGAAUGGAAUUAUGUGCUCGAGGGGUAAAACAUGAGCAGUCGCUGGAAAGCUUGCGCAAGCCCCGGGUGGCUGCAGCGGGUUGGCGUGCGAGGAUGCCUGUCGGAGUUUUGUUCGUUUGGAGAAGGAAUCAGCCGUGAUGCAAAUAUCAAGAGAGCUUGCUACUACUGCUAUUGUGGAUACAUGACGAACAUCAACCAACCAACGGGUGAGCCCCAUCCCCCCGACAGAGCCUGGUGAAGGUUUUUUCUUUGACUUACGUGCGUGAUGGGGCAUCCAUACAUCAAUAGCGACACAAGCGGGGCGCUUGGUCUGCUGUUUUGGCGUUGCGCGCGACUGCGGAGAGAAAAGCUCAACAUAAAGCAAGAGGACGCACGCCUCUACGCGUGCGUGCGUGAAAAGAUAUUAUUUAACAAAAAUUGAUUAUUGUGUCAAAACUUGCACAAGAUUCCCGUGCACACCACGAACGGAAUUUGCAACCUGCCUGCCUGCCUCCGUGUCG